GUACUUUACCACUGGCGAUAGCUGUGGUUACUGUUUACGUGAACUUGAAGGUUAUGCAUGUGUAUUAUGUACUAUGUAGCAAGUUGCAACUAGUAUGCCAUGGUUGCAGUGACAUUGAGUGGAGUGGCAGUGUCUUUAAAAAAGGCAUGGAGUUUAGCAAAAUUUGAAAGUUGUUGAAUAGUAUAGGUAUGCUCAGAAAAGUUGCUGUCGCUUGCCUGUACAAUGAGGCCAAGAGAAACUGGAAUGGAGAGAUAUUCACUGGGUCAAAAUUAAGUCGGUAUAGUUCGAUGUAUGGAAACGUGUUACCGAAAGCACCGGUAGUUUACAGAACAAAACGCCCAGAAAAUUUGAUUACAACGAUAGUUGUCGCUUGCAGGCAAUUCUCUGACAAGGGGACAUUUGAAUAUGUAUGUGAUGAAACAUUAGAAGCCUUUUCUGACUAUUUUGAAGAACUUGUUGAAGGUUGUGGCCAUUUAAAGUCUGCUGAUGUAACAUACAGUGAUGGUGUUCUCACUGUAAAUUUUGGAAGUCCUUAUGGUACAUAUGUAAUAAACAGGCAGACACCAAACGAGCAGAUUUGGCUUUCCUCACCCAUAAGUGGACCAAAGAGAUACGAUUUCAUCAGUGGACAGUGGAUAUAUAAACAUGAUGGAGUACCAUUGCACAAACUUCUUGAUACAGAAAUAUCACAAAUUGUUAAACAAACUGUAGAUUUCUCAAAGUGUUUGCCUAAUGUAAAUGUUAAAUGAUCUUUCAUAGAUAACUUAGGUAUGUAUGUAAGUAAAUUACUGUAGUUAUUUGUGUGGCAGUAUUGCAGAUUAAUGGCACAUUAAAAUGUCUGUAUAUGAUUUUGAUGUGUUUUGUUCCUGUAAAAUAAAUGUUGGCAGAGAUA